CGAGGACUUGUCGUAUGUUCUUGUGGUUCGACUGGGAGGGUAACCAAAAGCGCCAAGCUAUUGAAACGCAUGGUUGAAGAAGAUAUAUUUGACUUUGUUCUUGCCUUCGCUGGAAUAUCCACACUAGAUGCGGUCGUCGUCCCCGCUUUGAACCGAUUCGUGGAAAACGUGUAUGUUUACGAUAUGAAGUUGUGGGAGGCCCUGGAGGAGUCGUUUGGGGAGGACAGACACGCCCUCAAUCACUCACCGGUGCUGCUGUCGUUUUCAGAUUUUAAGAUCGACAGCAAUCAGAAGAGACACCGUGUGGUUGAUACCAGGGUGCUCGCAUACUCAAACCUCCAGGACGGCAGGCCUUGGGGCCUUGAUAUCUUCCGUUGUUUCAAUGCAACAUGCCAAGCUCCGGCGUACAACAUUAUAUUCCAUCCGCAUGGAAAGCAGUACUAUGGGAAGCAUUGGGUGGAGACAAAGAUUAGAUAUUCGUGCCUUGUGUGCAAGGAGACGGUAAGGGGAAUUUCUUGUCCAACUUGGAUCCAUGGGGCUCGAUCUCAGAACUAUGGACGUGUCUGGUAUCAGUGGCCGCUUACUCCAGAGCAGCAACGGGACAUUGGUAUCAUAUCAUGA